AUGUCUGGCAAUGAAGCGUACGAAGUAGGAGGUCUUUACAUCAUUCUUUCACUCCUCCCGAACGAUGGCAUGCAUUGGGGUUUAUUCCUCAUGGUAUCUCCACCCUGGGGCAACGUCUACAAUGCAACCGACAAGUCAGGCGAAUGGGUUCUAGACGAACACAUGACCGAGAAUGUCAUUGGCUCGCAAACCAUCCUCGGAGCCCUCCAAAUCGCGACUGGUAUCGACGAAAACCAGAGCACAACCGUACACAACAUUAUACUGGGCACGCCUGUUUUGCGGCAGGGAGGUUUCGUGCCUCAAUGGAACGAGAAUUUCAGAUGCCGUGUUUGGGUGAAAGAUGCAUUGGAGAGACUGCGUGUUGCGGGCUUUAUUCCGGAUUGUGAUGUUCAGGAUCUUGAGGACGAGGCGGAUUCUUUUGGAAGGCAGACUAAGAACAUUGGCAGGAGAGGAGUGGUCGAAGUCUCGCGGAUGUUAUAG